AUGCAUAAAAGCAUAAAGCCCAAGGGUGCAUCCAGGACUGUGCCCUGGCAGGCGAUGGUGUACCUGAACGAGGGGGGGUUCUACGGAGGGCACGGUGGCGGCGCAAUACUCUCUGACCGUUGGGUGCUGACAUCUGGCAGGAACCUCUUCCUGAAGAAGAGCCACAAAGACACGUGUGGACAGCAGCCUCUUGUGCCAAAAGUCUACCUGGGCGUUGCUAAACCUGAGGACGUCGAUGCCUCCAAAGAGGCCGCUGUUGAGCAGGUGUUCUUGCACCCGGAGUUCCAAAACGCCUCAGACUGGGAAAAUGACCUUGCACUGAUCAAGCUGAAGGAGCCCCUGAGUUUUAACCAGACCUUGAUGCCCAUCCCUCUCCCAGAGCAAGGGCAGGAGCAGGAGGAGAGGGUUGGAGAGGAGGCCAUCUUUGGGGCAUGGGACAUGGGCAUCAUCCAUUACCAGCCUGGUGCGGUCAAGUACCUCAAGCUGCCCGUGGUGUCCCAUGAAGUGUGCCGCGCUGAGUACCAGUCCAGUAAAGGUCCCAUCGUAAAUGCCAAUAUGUUCUGCACCGGUGCCAGUGAGUUCCUUAUCAACGUGUGCUUCAUGGAUGCGGGGAACACCCUCGUGUUCCAGAACCCCAAAACAAGAAGAGUUUACGCUGCAGGGAUCGUCUCUUUUGACAACGUGUGCGCGUUUAAGAAGUAUGCGGUUCACACCAGGGUCUCCACCUACCUGCCGUGGAUACGUGACGUCAUGAGGGGAGACGAGGUGGUCUCAGCCCAAAGAGAAUCACUUGUGGCCGAUAUGUAUUCUGGGAAGAUUUAGCCUGUUUUGAGGAGUUUUGUUUCCUGUUUCGUUGUUGAACUGUUUUUUGUUUUUCUUUGUUUGUGUCUUCUCUGCCUUUCAGGGUUCCCACUCUAAGUCAAAUGUAAAAUUCCGUGACUUUUCCCUGACAAAAAAAAAAUAAUUUCCAUGACUUAUACUAUUUACUAACGUAUAGCGUUCAAGAAUAUUUUACUUUUUAGAGUGAGAGAUGAAUAAAUGGGCAUUGAUUAAACAAAGUUGGGCUACUCAAGCAAGCAGUAAAGCAAAUUACCCGCACAAACAAAGUUCUGCGUGGAAAUAUUUGUAUUAAUGCAUUCUGGCAAGUACAUUUUAAACUGCUACAACAAAAUUCCCUGAUAUUCCAUGACUUUGCCCCAAAAAUGAUAAAAUUCCCUGACUUUCCAUGUCUGGAAUAGACUUUCCAAAAUUCCACGAUAUUCCAGAAAUUCCAUGACCCGUGGGAACCCUGGUCUUUGUAGUUUCUGCAUUUGUUGAGGGGCAACUCAAUAAUUUAUAAUAAAUCACAACUCAUUCCAAA